AUGUCCAGGAUCAAAUGGAUUCUCGACAAAGCGACCGUGCACAAUGAACCCGGGCUCACAAAUGCCCAGUUGAUGUUGACGAAUGAUGACUUGCGACCAGUCGACCCCGAACGUCGCCAAUGGAGAUGGUUGAACUACAUCGCAUUCUGGAUUGCCGACUCGCUGAACAUUAACACAUGGAUGAUUUCAUCGUCUAUGAUCGAGGAUGGCCUUUCCUGGUGGCAAUCAUGGCUUUGUGUUUGGAUUGGAUACUUUAUUGCAGCUGCCUUUGUUUGUCUGACCGGUCGCAUCGGUGCUGUCUAUCAUAUCUCCUUCCCUGUUACGGUACGAGCGUCAUUCGGAAUCUGGGGAUCUUUCUGGCCCGUCAUCAACCGUGUCGUGAUGGCUAUUAUUUGGUACGGAGUGCAGAGUUACAUUGGAGGCGAAUGUGUGACUUUGAUGAUUGAAGCGAUUUGGCCCAGCUAUAAGAACCUACACAAUGGCCUCUCUGCCAGCGCUGGCGUUGACACCAAGAACUUCCUUAGCUUCUUUUUGUUCUGGCUUCUUUCUCUUCCAGCUCUCUGGUUCCCAGUGCAUAAAGUGCGCCACCUUUUUACCGUCAAGGCAAUUUACUCGCCAAUUGCCGCAAUCGCCUUUUUCGCCUGGGCAAUUUCGCGCGCGCAUGGUAUCGGCCCUAUCGUUAAACAGGGAAAUACUGUACACGGCAGUACACUGGCAUGGGCUUUUGUCAAGGGCGUUAUGAGUUGCAUUGGGAACUUCGCCGCUCUGAUCAUGAAUGACCCCGAUUUUUCACGUUUUGCUCGGACACCAAAAGAUGCAUUGUGGUCCCAGCUCUUUACCAUUCCUAUCGGAUUCGGGAUUACCUCUUUCAUUGGUAUCAUUGUGUCAUCAUCUUCAUCAGUGAUCUUCGGAGAAACUGUUUGGAACCCGUUAGACUUGCUGGGGAUGUUUCUCAAUGGCGCUAGCUCCGGCCAGCGGUUUGGAAUAUUCGUUAUCGCCACUGGUUUCGCUCUUGCUCAGCUGGGUACCAAUAUCUCGGCUAAUUCGGUGUCUGCCGGAACGGACCUGACUGCGCUGAUGCCACGGUAUUUGACUAUUCGCCGUGGCAGCUACAUCUGUGCGGCUAUUGGCUUGGCCAUGUGUCCCUGGAAUCUUGUGGUCAGCUCAAACCAAUUUACGACCUAUCUCUCUGCAUACUCCGUGUUCCUUUCCGCUAUUGCUGGCGUCAUGAUCACCGACUACUACAUCGUUCGCAAGGGUUACCUCGACAUCAAAGCGUUGUAUAGCGGUCGUAAGACAGAUCCUUAUUACUAUACUCUGGGAUUCUCCUGGCGUGCUUAUGCUGCUUAUCUUUCUGGUAUCAUGAUCAACAUCGUUGGUUUUGCUGGUGCCGUUGGUCGUGAUGUUCCCGUUGGGGCGCAGUACAUCUACAACAUCAACUACUUCACUGGCGUGGUCGUCUCCGGUGGUGUAUACUUGAUUCUUACAUAUUUCUGGCCCGUGCCAGCUAGCAGCGAUCACUGGAAUGAGGUUGACAUCGAUGUGGAUGAAUUCCAGGUGGCAUAUGGCCAGCCUGUGAGCGAUGAAGAGCAUAACGGCUAUGACCGCCGUUCCAUUGCGGACUCUCUGCCACCAGAUGACCAGAAAGGCUUGAGCGCUGCCUCAAAGAAGAUCUAA